AUGGCAAGCAAAACAAUACCAUGGAGGGAACUGAAUGGUGAGAGCAAGUGGACAGGCCUUUUAGAGUACCCUCUAAACCCUGAACUCGGUGACUAUCUCACCCACUACUGUAAGAUGAUAGAGCCUAUCAUGGAUUUCUUUGAUAAGGAUAACAACUCCGAAACGCUGGGACUUUCUCGAGUCGAUAAGAAAGAUCUCCUCAAUAAGGCCGGUUUGUCCAAGUUUUACACGGUGGAGGAAUAUUUGUUUGCUUCAACCAAGAAUAUCAGGAUGGAAAAUGAUACACGCAUAAUGAAGCUGAAAUCCGGCUACUCAAAUUGGAUGGGUUAUGUAGCUGUGAGCAAGGAUCAAGGGAAGGCGAAAUUUGGGAGGAGGGACAUUGUGAUUGCAAUUAGGGCAACCAUUAAGCAAGAAGAGUGGUUCAUUAAAUAUUGUUUGAAUGAACUUGUUCCGGCUAAUGAAAUAUUUGGACAUGAUCAUAAACUUAAACCUAAGUUGCAUAAAGGUCGGUACGAGUAUUACAUUACGGAGGAUCAUCACAAGUCAGGUUACAAUUCUAUAAGUUUCAGAAAUCAGGUUUUAGAUGCAGUCAAAGAAUUGGUGGCCAAAUACCAAGGGGAGGAAAUCAGCAUUACAGUGACAGGGUUCAGCAUGGGAGGUGCAUUUGCGACAAUAAUUGCUACUGAUAUUGUUUAUAAUGCAAAUAAAUUACUUAAUAACCAUGCUUGCAGAGGCACUAGUACUACUGACAAUAUGAUUCCGGUGACGGCAUUUGUGUUUGCCAACUCCCCUGUUGGAGAUGAAGAUUUCAGCAAAGUGGUGUGUUGCCUCGAGUUUUGCAAUCUUCGCAUCUUGCGAGUGAAACAUGAGAUCGACGAAAACCCAAAUACUCCAACCGAGGAUGAUGGUUACUUUCAUGUGGGGAAAGAUUUGAUCAUCAGAAGAGGUGUGCACAACAUCAAAACUUACUUGAGUUCAAUUCAAGACUCCAAACCUAAGCCUUCGUUUAUUUGCCCAAAUGAAAAAACCAGAGAUCAUUAA